GGGAAAAGAAGAAAGAAAAGAGUACUCCCAGAUUCGGUCGGCGUUUGUACUUCAACAAAAACUCCGGAGAGUAAAUUCAUCUGAUAUUUCCUAUUAUUGGAUUGGAUACCCGCUUAAUAAUCUUAAACAAAUACUCAUACACUUUCUAGCUUUGAGAUCUGAAAGAGGAAGAAACGCCACCUACCGAGAAAAAAAAGUUUCAGUAUGGGGAGAGGGAAGAUCGUUAUUCAACGAAUCGACAACUCGACGAGCAGACAAGUGACCUUCUCUAAGAGGAGGAACGGACUGCUGAAAAAGGCCAAGGAGCUGGCGAUACUUUGCGAUGCUGAAGUUGGGCUCAUGAUCUUCUCCAGUACCGGCAGGCUCUUUGAUUUUGCUAGCACCAGUAUGAAGUCAGUGAUGGAUAGAUACAGCAACAUGAAGGACGAGCAGCAACAACAAUCAGUGAAUGCCAACUCAGAGGUUAAGUUCUGGCAGGGGGAGGCAUCUAGCUUGAGACAGCAACUUCAAAGCUUAAAAGACCAUCACCGGCAGUUGAUGGGACAAGAGCUAUCCAGUUUAAGUGUCAAAGAUCUGCAAAUUUUAGAGAAUAAACUAGAACUGAGUUUACGCAGUAUACGAACAAAAAAGGAACAAAUUUUCAUGGAUGAAAUUAAGGAACUAAAUCAGAAGGGAAACCACAUUCACCAAGAAAACCUGGAACUUUACAAGAAGGUUAAGUGCCUUCAUGAAGAAAAUAUGGAGUUACAUAAGGUUUAUGGACGAAGAGGUUUGAAUGGAAGAGCUCUUAUUAGCUCACAUGUUAUGAAUGAUGCUAGCACCACUGAGAACGGGGAAGCGCCAGUCCAGCAUGAACUGAGCCCACCAAAGCAGCAAUCACAAAAGCCACAAGCAGAAGCUCCAGAACUAGGACUUCAAUUGUAAGCUGAUGAUUCACGAAUUCCAUGUGCUCACUCAUGAUUUCCAGUAGCACUAUAGGUUGGAAGAAUGCAAAAUCAUGAUACUUGAUCAUUAUGUGAUGUAUGAGCAGGAGCAGGAAACAUAGUCAACAGCUAAAAUAUGGUUCGAUAAAGACAAACUAAACUAUAUAGUGGAAAUUUAUGUUGCAGUGCAAUAUUGAUGGUUAAGGAAAUUGUACAUAUGCACAUCAGAUAAUUAUUUGGUAAGUGGAGAAAAAAAUAUGACUGUUACUAAUUUUAUAUUGUUCAGAGAAAAGAAAAAUCUUCUAUUUGCAG